GUAAUGUAAGUCCUAUUUUGGGAAUAAAAAUAUGGAAAUCUUAUUUUGGUAUAUUUUCAAUGUUUUAGUUCUACUUUGGUCUUUCUCCCUUAAAUUUGAGGGGAGUAUCAAUUUAUAAAUUACUCCGUAUAAUCAACCACUUUUCAACCAAGAAUCUAGAGAGAGAGAGGAUAUGGCGUUGAGGCGUGCAGCAGCAAAUGGGCUUCUUCUUCAGGCACUAUCUUAUCCUGGGAACUCCUCAGCUCUCACCCGACACCUUCAUGCAUCUCCCGGCAGCAAAAAGAUCGUCGGAGUUUUCUACAAAGCUAAUGAGUAUGCUUCUCUCAACCCCAAUUUCGUCGGCUGCGCGGAGAAUGCUCUCGGCAUCCGCCAUUGGUUGGAGUCCCAGGGCCACCGCUACGUCGUCACUCAUGACAAAGACGGACCCGACUCCGAGCUGGAAAAGCAUAUUCCCGAUUUGCACGUGUUGAUCACCACUCCCUUCCAUCCCGCCUACGUCACUGCGGAGAGGAUUAAGAAGGCGAAGAAUCUGCAGCUCUUGCUGACCGCCGGAAUAGGCUCGGAUCACAUAGAUCUCAAUGCAGCGGCGGCCGCCGGACUCACGGUGGCGGAGGUCACCGGAAGCAACGUCGUCUCAGUUGCUGAGGAUGAACUGAUGCGGAUCCUAAUCCUGGUCAGAAAUUUCCUGCCCGGACACCAUCAGGUCAUCAAUGGAGAAUGGGAUGUUUCCAAAAUCGCUUACAGAGCUUAUGAUCUGGAGGGGAAGACUGUGGGAACCAUAGGAGCAGGUCGGAUUGGACGGCGUUUGCUUCAAAGAUUGAAGCCUUUCAACUGCAAUCUUCUCUACCACGACCGUCUUAAGAUGGAUCCUGAAUUGGAGAAGGAGAUUGGUGCCCAUUUUGAGGAAGACCUAGAUGUGAUGCUGUCCAAAUGCGACAUUAUUGUCAUAAACACCCCUCUGACAGAUAAAACCAAGGGAAUGUUUGACAUGGAGAGGAUUGGGAAGAUGAAGAAGGGAGUUUUGGUGGUGAACAAUGCUCGGGGUGCAAUCAUGGACACUCAAGCCGUUGCUGAUGCUUGUUCCACUGGACACAUUGCGGGCUACAGCGGCGACGUAUGGUACCCACAGCCAGCUCCUAAGGACCAUCCGUGGAGAUACAUGCCAAAUCAAGCCAUGACCCCCCACAUUUCUGGAACGACCAUAGAUGCACAGCUGAGGUAUGCCGCGGGGACUAAGGACAUGCUAGCAAGGUAUUUCAAGGGUGAGGAUUUCCCUGCCCAGAAUUACAUUGUCAAGGACGGAGAACUGGCAAGCCAAUACCGCUAAAUUGCUUCCUCUUUGUUGGCUGUUUUUUCUAUCUGUAAUGAUUACGACUCGAUGAAACUGCAUUUUCUUUUAACAUCUGUAAUAAUGUGAGAAGAACAUUUCUCUUUCAUGGGCUCUUUCCCGUACAGUGUGAUCCUGCACUAGCAGCAGCAAUAAGAAGCUAGUUAAUCC